AUGGUAUUUGUCUGGGAAACUAACUUCGACAAACUUCUCAAUGAAAUUGAUGACCCUGGCCCUGUUUCUGCCGCCGCCAGGGGGUCGUUGCAUCAACGGCCAUUAGCCUGCGAAGAAAAACGUCGCAGGCCCCUUCGUUGGCGGAAUCAAAACAAUUUAUCAUCAGAAAUCCCACAUGUGUCACGCGACUCAGAAGUAGUAAUUUCUCCCUACUUAGCUGAGAGUGAUCAAGUCUCUGACGCUCAACUAUCGCUCACUUCAAACAAAGUUAUUCUUAAGGAUAGUUUGCCCGAAUCUCAUUUGUUUGACAAUUUACAGAAAGAUGAAAACGACUCCAACUCUGCCACAACUGUUGAAAGACGAUAUGACGUAGAAGCCAAACGCUUGUUUCAGAGUGAACCAUCCCUGAUCCCUCCAAACGUAGCCACGACUCUUGAGCACAUUUUAUCUCAACUCGAUAUACUAACUCAGGUAAUAUAA